GUGUCAUUUCCUUUGAGCAGUGAACCAGAAGAAGAAAGCAGCCAGCCGCAGACAAUCCUGGGAUUCCUGUUUGGGAUAUUUGGUCCUCAUAUUAUAAAUCUAUGACGGUUAUUGCAUUAAGAACUGGGGAAUAAUGGCCAAUAAGAAGAAAGUAAUAGUGACAGGUUUUGGGCCUUUUGGAGAGCAUGCAGUAAACUCCAGCUGGGUGGCAGUGCAGGAACUGGAGCGAUUAGGGCUGGGUGAGGCAGUAGACCUUUAUGUCCGUGAGAUGCCCGUUGAAUACCAGGCUGUUGAGCACCUAGUGCCAUCACUGUGGAAAGAGCACCAGCCACAGUUAGUAGUCCAUGUUGGUGUUUCUGGAUUAGCCACCACAGUCACUCUGGAGCAGUGCGGCCACAACAAGGGUUACGAACGCCUGGACAACUGCAAUUACUGCCCGCACUCCCACUGUUGCAUAGAGAGCGGCCCUGACUGUAUAAAGUCAGUCCUGGACAUGGAUAAAGUCUGCAAGAGGGUCAAUGACUCUGACAUUGGGGUGGCUGUGUCUGUAUCUAAAGAUGCUGGAAGGUAUCUGUGUGACUACAUCUACUACACGUCUCUGUACCUGGGGCACGGUCGCUCUGCCUUCAUCCACGUGCCUCCUCUAAAAAAACCUUACAGCAGCCAGGACCUGGGUAGAGCCCUUCAGGCCGUCAUACAGGAGAUGCUGAGCCUACUGGAGAUGGAUCGCACUGAGGAGGAGGUGUACAAAUGCAAUGAGCACUGCAAUCACAAGCAUCAACACCAGCAUGACUACCAAUGACUGUCUCACAGCCUGAGCAGACUCUUAUAGAAAAUGGACCACUGGCUUGUAGUAAUGGUUUAAUCAAUGUAACGUCUGAGGCACAUUUUGAUUUAGUUGUGUGGCUUUUAAAAUGUAAAACUGCACAGUGCAGAUAGUGAUGAGUGAAGACAAUGGACCAUUAGUCAGAAUUUCAGAUUUGUUGUCAAUUGAGAGCUCAGUGAGUCUGAACUGGGUGCGUUUAAAAAUGUAGUAUAAGUGUUCUGGAGGCAACAGCCUGACAAUAGGAUCUGUUUAUUGUAGUCUGUGUUUGCAGGUGUGGGUAUAAUGUGCACAAGUAGUUGGGAUCAGUGAGUAUUUGUUCUGUCUGCGUCUGAUCUUCCAUAAGACUGUGAAAACAGAUGUCAACUCAGCAACAUUUAUGAACACAUUAAUGUUGCAUAAUGUGAAAAUAAUCAUCAGUAACAACGUAGCAGCUACAAAUUAUAUGGUGACACACUAUGGGAAUUUUUACAGUAACACUAACUAACACCACUUUUCAAAAUCCCCCUGGUGUGAUUUCGUUAUUGUCUUUGAAUUAUGCUGUCAUUCCCUGUUAUUGCUCCUAUUAGCACCAGAGAAAUGUGAUGACUUUGAAAUGAUGGGAACCUGAAGAAAUGUAAAGAGUCACAUUUAUGAUAAUUUGUCAGUCUCAGGGAAUAUAUUGCACAUGCAAUCAGUAUUGAUUAAUCUGAUGUCUGUCCUUUGUAUGUAAUGCAGCUUCACACAGUAAAGCCAUCUUAAAUCUGUUCAUAAUUAAAACACUUUAUACAGGCUUUGUUUUAUUUGUCCUUGUCUGAAGUCUUUAGUCAGGUGUUGCAUUUGCAUAUUGCUGCAGCCUUUAUGCAUUUUAAUUUCUUUGAAAAUUGUACUUCCUUUGCUAUUAACAUCUACAAGACAUGUUGGUAUUCCAUAUAUUUUACUCUCCUUUGGUUGAAAGGGUUUGACUCAUAGUCAAGAUUAAAAUUUAUUUUCUGUGACAGUAAAAUUAAAAUGAAAAAAUGAAAAUUAAAAUGAUGUGUGUACAAUGCAUUAUGUUUUCUUUCUUUUCUCAGUUCCUGUUUUUGUUUCUGACCUAGUAGCCUAUUGCAGGGAGCUAAAUGUUAAAUGUUUUGGACAGAUAAUGUGUCUGCUGUUCAUAUCUUGAAUAUACAUGCUAAUGUUAUUUGACUUUAUAUGUUGCACAGAUAACCACUCCCAUGAAAAGUCAAAGGCUCAUUGUCAGCAAUCUUCCAUGUGAGUGUGUUCCCUGCCAGAAUAUUUUAUGAUCUGUGAUGACUUUGAUGGUGAACACUGUGUUUUUGUGAACAUUUAAAAUGACAAAGGUAAGUAGACUUUAGGACUGUAAUUUGUUAUUGACAAAGACACUGAGAAUUUUGCAAUCUGUUCAUAAAUCUAUCCACUGCUCUAAUGUGUGUGUUGUUCAAGGCAAUUAAUGAAUUCUUUAUUUACUUUUGGAUUCCUUUGUUGCAGGCCAAGUUACCGUAAUUCUGGGUGGUGUACGUUAUGAUUAGACAGACCUGCUGAACCCGUUCUGACCAGAUAGAUCGGUGCAGAACAGAGGGAAGGAUUGUAAUGUUUCUAGAACAUUAAAAGGGUAUUAAAACUGUUGAGAAAAUGGAA